AUGGACAUGGUAGAUGCCACACGUGCCCAGCAGUACGUAGCUGCAAUGUACUUCAUGACCACUACUUUGACUACUGUAGGGUAUGGUGAUGUGACACCGGAGACGCACGUCGAACGGCUCUUUUGUAUCUUCGCUGAAAUCGUCGCUGGAAAUGUUGAGGAUUUACUUCACAAUGAGAAAGUUGAUGCUGACUGUGUUGAUGAAGAUGGUCUUCGGCCCCUUUUCCAUGCUAUCAGUAAGAGACAUGCCGCCAUAGCAAGAGCACUGCUGGUUGCUGGUGCUGAUGCUGAUUCCCCUUUCCACCUCAGUCAGAAUGAUCCUCUUAAUGACGUACUCACUGGUGAUCAGAAUGGACUACCGGUGGCGAGAAGGGGCCAAGUGGUUGACCCAUGGAACUAUCGAAAUGCGUUAUGUCCACUUCGUAUGGCAAUGUUCACCUCGUCCAUGCCUGUGAUUCGAGCCGUCUGUGAGCAUACGGACUUCAGUUCACUACCGGAACGUGAAGUGAGCCGUAUAUUGGCAUAUGCUGCUAUGGCUGGUUACACUAUAGUAGUGGAGUCGGCCUUGGAGAGCUUGGCACCAGAUGGACCAGGCUCGGCCGAAGCACGCGAGGCUAUGGUUAACAAGCUUGAUGAUGCUGCUGGGUACUCUCUGGUGCAUUAUGCUAGUGAGAGUGGACAAGAGAAGCUUCUUUAUUCACUCUUGUUGAAAAGGGCGGACCCGGGGAAAGCGGCCGCUGAUGGGUCGAUGCCGAUUCAUUUAUGCGCCCGGAAAGGAUUUGAUGUAUGCCUGACGCAACUACUGGAGCAUGGGGCAGAUCCGAUAGCAACUAACACGAUGGGACAGACGGCUCUCGACAUUGCCCUUGCUAAUCAUAAAUUCGGUGAGUUUACUAGUCUUUGA